UUACCAUUUCUUUUCUAUUUUUCCCUCUCUCUCUCUCUCUCUCUCUCUCCUUCACUCACUCUGUGUGACCCUUCUCACAAAUCACCUCUUUCUUCACACCUUACUCUCUCUAUCUCACUCUUGACUCAGUCUGCGGUUUGUGCUUGAUCUGAUAUGGGUUUUUGUUUCACACAUUUGGGAUAAGUUCACCUUGUACAGUGUUUCUACUCAAUUUUUGAGAAAGUAAUUAGGGUUUUUACUUUACAUUGCUUGGUUUGCCUCAAUUUUCCAAUCGAGUUCUUCAUCUGGUGGGCUGCGCAUGGUGAAAAAUAUAGGAUUUUUAUAUGAUUGAUGGGUUUGGUUUAGAUUCUAUGUUCAACUCUUGAUGUGGGUAUAAUUAAGAAAUUUUAGCUCAUAAGAUUUCUGGCUUUUGCCCAAAUUAUCGAGUUACUGAGCACUGGAAGUGGGCAUGUUGGGGAAAGAGGAUGACUCGGGUAAUCCUCGGGCUUCUUGCCAGCUUCCUAGUUCCCGGAAGAUGUUCUGGCGAUCGGCCUCAUGGUCUGCUUCCCGUACUUCAUCUCAGAACCCUGAAACUGAAGAGAAAGAUUUUGCUGAUCCAAAUGGUAGCAAUAGUGGAAACAACAAUCAAAUUCGCAGGUUUCCUGCCCCAUUAACUCCGCGUUCCCAACAGAAUUCUAAGGCACGGUCUUGUUUGCCACCUCUGCAACCAUUAUCUAUUGCACGCCGGAGCCUAGACGAGUGGCCCAAGGCGAGUUCUGAUGAUCUUGGUGAGUGGCCACAGCCUCCAACUCCAAGUGGGAACAAGAAUGGUGAGAGAUUGAAGCUGGAUUUAUCAUCAAUUCAGCGAAACUCAGAGAAGAAUGGUGGGCUCGUGAAGAGGGAUAAGAUUGCGUUCUUUGAUAAAGAAUGUUCUAAGGUGGCUGAACAUAUAUAUCUUGGUGGCGAUGCUGUUGCGAGGGAUAGGAAUAUAUUGAAACAAAAUGGGAUUACUCAUAUUUUGAACUGUGUGGGUUUUGUUUGUCCUGAGUAUUUCAGAGCAGAUUUUGGGUACAGAACCUUGUGGUUGCAGGAUAGUCCAUCAGAGGAUAUUACUAGCAUUUUAUAUGAUGUUUUUGAUUAUUUUGAAGAUGUGAGGGAAAAAGGUGGAAGAGUUUUUGUUCAUUGUUGUCAAGGGGUAUCACGGUCCACAUCGUUGGUUAUUGCAUAUCUUAUGUGGAGAGAAGGACAGAGUUUUGAUGAUGCUUUUCAAUAUGUGAAGGCAGCAAGAGGUAUUGCUGACCCAAACAUGGGUUUUGCAUGCCAGUUGUUACAGUGCCAAAAGAGGGUUCAUGCCUUCCCUCUUAGCCCCAGUUCAUUGUUGAGGAUGUAUAGGAUUGCCCCACACUCCCCGUAUGAUCCGUUGCAUUUAGUCCCAAAAAUGUUGAAUGAUCCUUCACCAAUGGCUCUUGAUUCUAGAGGUGCAUUUAUUGUUCAUUUACCCUCUGCUAUAUAUAUUUGGAUUGGUAAGAACUGUGAGACUAUCAUGGAAAGGGAUGCAAGAGGAGCUGUUUGUCAAAUUGUUCGAUAUGAGAGAGCACAGGGGCCAAUAGUAAUAAUAAAGGAAGGGGAGGAACCAGCUUAUUUUUGGGAUGCCUUUUCGAACUUCUUACCUUUGAUGGAUAAAUCUAGAAAUGAAGUGGAGAUUGGGGAAUCAACAAUUAAGAUAUGUCCUGGUGGGAGGAAAGUAGAUUCAUAUGAUGUUGAUUAUGAGAUUUUUCAGAAAGCUAUCAUGGGGGGUUUUGUCCCUCCGUUUGCAUCAUCAGAAAAUGAACAUGAAACCCACCUUCCUGCCAGAGAAAGCAGCUGGAGUAUGCUUAGGCGUAAGUUUGCCUCGGGUGAUAUGAAGGAGUUUGUCUCAGUGCCUAAGAUAUCCCUAUCCCGAGUUUAUUCAGAUUCUAUGAUGUUACUACGUACAUCAUCUCCGUUAUCAUCAACAUCUUCAUUGUCAUCUACAUCUUCUUCACCCCCUUUUCUCUCUCCCGAUUCAGUGUCUUCUGAUACAAGUACCAGUUCAACGUCUUUCUCAGAGUCCUCAAUGGAUUCUCCUUCAGCAGCAUCGUGUUCUCUUCCAGUGGUUUCAACUUUGUCUAACUUUUCUAAUUUGUCCCUUACAUCUAAAACUUCAUUUCAAGACACUAGCAGACCAGAAUCUCUUGCUGUGAACAGAACUUGGCUGCCAUCUACUCAGUCUUCUUUAUCACCAGUUAAAAGAGUUUCACCUUCCCUUGCUGAGCGUAGAGGUAGCUUGUCAAAGUCUCUGAAGUUGCCGGUGAUGACUGGUAAUGUAAAGGUAAACAGUACUCCAGCUACUUUGAGCGGUCAAGAAGAUGCUGUAAAAAAAAAGGACAAUAGUUACACAUUAUGUAAAGCAGAUAGUAUAGAAAUUGUAUUUGAGGGCAAGGAUGCUAUUAGAAAGAGAUCAGAAAAACUAACUCACAUGAGCCAGUUGAAGAUACCUCCAGGUAGAGUAGCUAGUGCUGAUUCAUGUCUCAAGGAAUUCACCCCUGUUAAUAAUUUUGCUGAAUCUUUGAGAAACUUUUCUUUUGGGGAAGGCCCUAACUCCAAUAUGCCAAAUGGUUUGGAAAAAAGCGUAACAGCUAAUUGUAAUCAAAUGCAACCUUUAGUGUGUCGCUGGCCUACUUUCGAAAAGGUUGCUAAUUUUGGCUCCAGUGAUCUAAACUCGAAAUCUGCUUUUGCAAUUUUUCCACCUAGUACAGAUUUAGGGAAAAGUACGGCCAGGGUUCUGUAUUUAUGGGUAGGAAGAUCUCUCUGUCAUGAUAAAAGUCAGAUUCAGUUAGAUAAUAGCCGGGAGUCGAGGGAUCUAGAAGAUAUUGACUGGAAUCAAUUUGGUUAUGAUAUUCUAAUUCAGAUGUGUCUACCAAAGGACACCCCAAUUAAGAUUAUUAAAGAAAAUGAAGAGCCAGCGGAAUUUCUUGCAUGGUUGAGUACGUUGUAGCAGUAGUAAGGGCCAGAAUAGAAUGUUCGACCUAGUAGCAUAUUAUUUUUAAAUUUCUUCAGCUGGUUUAGUCCACUACUCGAUCCAACAUCAGAACAAACUCCUCUGGCGAAACUAGUGAGGUGCUGCUUUCAAGUUUGUUCGUGGCUAUUCACCAAUUGGUUGUACAGGGAUGCAACAUCUUGGCAACCUAAAAUCAUUUGUUCCAGACCGAACGCACUUGUAAAUUCAUUGUUACUAGGAACAGAUUUCUGACGCCUUUGUUCAGGCAGAAUAGAACAUUGAGAUUUCCUUGUGCAGGCUCUUUUGUUUCUUCUCUCUUCCCUCUAUAUCGCUUAAGUUUUGUUAAGUUCAAUUCUUAAG